AUGUCUGCGAGUUGGAUCUGUCUUUCCGGGGCAAUUUCAGCUGUCUCAGCUCACUGUAGCUCAUGCCCAGGCCUCUUCUCGAGCUCAGUCGAAGGCUCAGACUCAUGCCUCAGUUCCUCGGCUCAAGGGUUUUCAUUCAACCUAGCACAUUCCAGCAGGGCAAAUGUGUGUUCGCCAUCGCCCUCUGUUUCUGGAGCUGGCAGUGCCAGUGCAAAAAGGUUUAUGCAGAAACCACCUGUGCGGCCGACUGGCUUCUCUCCUACCAACACGGUUUCUCCUGGCUAUGAGGACAAUGGAUGCUUCAGCUGCUGCUCGCAGGAAGAAGCAGAAGCAGUUACAGGAAAGAGUGGCUGCAAUUUUGCCCGAAUCUGCUCUUUACACACAGCUCCUUGA